CCGAGAAAACGUCUUGCAACUUCUCCACCAACACAAAUGUGGAUGGAACUCAAUUCCAAUUCGAACACAGUCAUGGCAAGUCUCCCAAUUUCUCUCUCUACGAGACAAAGAAUCCGUUCAAUGUCGACGGUACAAAGACCCGGGCAUCUCCUUGACGAUCUAACGUGAAAGGGUCAUUGCUAAAGGUUAAUUACACCAUCUACUUUGCCAUCUUUUCUACACAUCUACUUACUCCGACGACAGUAUAGUCCGGAUAAUCUCUUCCAGCCGACAGUCCUGGGGUAUAUGAAUUUGCCCGAGUGCUCUCAGAGUCUACAUUCCAUCGGGGAAGAGUUGCAACAUGCCGGCACCUGCGAUCUUGGACCCCGGUCCUCACCCGAAUGAACCCCAUGCAUCCACAUUCGACGGUACAGAGAGCGUUUCCGUCCCAUCAGACGCCGAGGAGGAAGCCGAAGAGGCAAUCCACGAUUUGGCUAGGCGCCUAACUUCACUAUCCCAUGGAGGGGGCCAUUCACUGUUUCCUGAGCCAUCCGACGCCUGCCUCGACCCCAAGAGCGAUGUAUUCGACGCCCGGAAAUGGGCAGCAGCCUUCUACAGGCUUCAGACCAAUGCUCUUCUCGGAAAUGCACCUAAUACGGUGGGUCUCGCCUUUAAGGACUUGCAAGUCUACGGUCUGGGAACGACUACGGACUAUCAGAAGACUGUUGGCAACUUCUUUCUGGAGGCAGCCGCGUUGGCUUCCUGGGUUUCGCCUUCAGGCAAGAAGCAGCGCAUCGACAUUCUGCACGACUUGGAAGGUGUUCUCCAGAGUGGAGAGAUGCUUGCUGUGCUUGGUCCGCCUGGCUCUGGUUGUACGACGUUGCUGAAGACUAUUGCUGGGGAAACCCACGGUUUCUAUAUCGCCGAAGGAGCAACUAUCAACUACCAAGGGAUCUCCCCAAAAGAGAUGAAGACGACAUUCAAAGGAGAAGCAAUCUACACUGCAGAAUUCGACCACCAUUUCCCUUACCUGACCGUCGGCGAGACCCUCUAUUUUGCGGCCCGGGCACGGUGCCCUCAGAAUAUGAAUCUUCCCCAAGGAAUCUCUGAGCACCAAUACGCCGAACAUCUUCGCGACGUUGUCAUGGCACUUUUGGGUAUCUCGCACACGAAGGACACCCGGGUAGGAGAUGACUUCGUCCGCGGGGUCAGUGGAGGAGAGCGGAAGAGAGUCAGUAUCGCGGAGGCGGUCCUGAGCUACUCUCCCCUUCAAUGCUGGGAUAAUAGCACCCGAGGUCUUGAUUCUGCCAAUGCAAUCGGAUUCUGUCGAACUCUUCGCAUGCAGGCAGACAUCUUCGGAUGUAGCUCCUCUGUGGCUAUUUACCAAGCACCUCAAGAAGCAUAUGAGCUUUUCGAUAAGGUCACUGUCCUUUACGAAGGCCGUCAGAUCUUCUUCGGGAGGUCCACUGAUGCGAAAGCCUAUUUCGAAGGACUUGGUUUCCUGUGUCCGGAGCAGAAGACCACUGCCGACUUCCUGACCUCAAUGACGAGCUCUUCCGAGAGAGUUGUGCACCCGGAGUGGAAAGGUCAAACACCGCCGCGAAGCCCUGACGAGUUCGCCCAAGCCUGGAAAGACAGUCAGCAUCGUCGGAACCUAUUGGAGGAGAUCGAAUCUUUCGAGAAGCAGUACCCUUUCGGCGGUGACACGCACAAGCAGUUCUCUGCCACCCGAAGAGCACACCAGUCCAGAGCACAGCGAUCAUCGUCACCAUACACUUUGUCCUAUGUGCAGCAAGUCAACCUCAACCUUUGGCGCAGUUUCAAGCUGCUGAUCAGCGAGCCGUGGAUGACGAUUACAAUGUUAACGACAAAUUUCUUCGAAUCUCUCAUCAUCUCUAGCAUUUUCUACAGCUUGACACCAAACUCGUCUAGUCUCUACAACCGAAAUCUCCUGAUAUUCUACACCAUUCUCAUCAAUGCUAUGGGUAGCAUCAUGGAGAUUCUCACGCUUUAUGGCAAGAGAAACAUCAUCGAGAAGCAUGCGAGAUAUGCACUGUAUCAUCCAAGUGCCGAGGCAGUCGCCACCAUGCUCGUCGACCUGCCGUACAAGAUGAUCAACGCGUUGUUCAUCAACGUGCCAAUCUAUUUCAUGACGAAUCUACGACGCGAAUCAGCUGGGCCCUUUUUCUUCUUCCUCUUAUUCUCCUUUACCAUCACCGUCUCCAUGUCCAUGAUCUUUCGAUUCCUCGGCUCUGUCACCAAGACGACCUCACAGGCUCUGGCACCCUCAGCCAUUAUCCUGCUAGCGCUGAUGCUGUUCAGCGGCUUUGCCAUGCCUCAGUCAUACCUCAGUGACUGGAUUGGAUGGAUUCGCUGGAUCAAUCCCGUCUUCUACGCACAGGAAAGUCUCGCACUCAAUGAAUUCAUUGGACGGAACUUCACCUGCUCGCAAUUCAUUCCUACGGGACUCGGCUACAUGAGUUCUACCUUGGACGAGCGUGCCUGUGAUAUUGGAGGGGCAAUGCCAGGCUCUGGCUCUGUCAAUGGCGAGGAGCACCUCCGUGUCGUUUACGGGUUUCUGGCCAGCCAUCGCUGGAGAAACUUUGGCAUCUUGGUUGCCAUCACCCUCUUCUUCAUGUUCCUCUAUCUCGUCGCCGUCGAGCUGGUGUCUUCUGAGAGAUCUAAGGGCGAAGUCCUUCUUUUCAAGCGCCGGGCUCUGAAAAGUGUCAAGAAGGGCCAUGAUGAUGUCGAGACUUUGGGAGAAAAUCAGUCGCAACCAGCGAUACAGGUAGACGACGACAGCGACCAUUCGGACCUUGCGCAACAAACAUCCGUGUUCCAUUGGAAUGAUGUUUGUUACGAUGUGCAGGUCAAAAGCGAGACCCGCAGGAUUCUUGAUCACUGUGACGGUUGGGUGAAGCCUGGGACACUGACGGCACUGAUGGGAGUUUCCGGGGCUGGUAAGACGAGUCUUCUGGACGUGUUGGCCAGUCGCGUCACUAUGGGUGUUGUUAGUGGGGAGAUGCUCGUCGACGGCCAGCUUCGGGAUUCUUCGUUCCAGCGCAAGACGGGCUAUGUUACGCAGCAGGACCUCCAUCUUCAUACGGCGACGGUGAGAGAGGCAUUGAGUUUCAGCGCUCUACUACGGCAGCCUGAGCGGUACAGCCGGGAGGAGAGGUUGGCCUACGUGGAUACGGUGAUUGAUCUCCUUGGCAUGCAAGAGUACGCCGAAGCCGUGAUUGGGGAUUUGGGUGAGGGGUUGAAUGUUGAACAACGCAAACGUCUGACAAUCGGCGUUGAGCUAGCUGCCCGGCCGCAGCUGCUGCUCUUCCUGGACGAACCAACGUCGGGCCUCGAUAGCCAGACGUCAUGGUCAAUCUGCGAUUUGAUGGAGAAGCUGACGAGAAACGGGCAAGCCAUUCUUUGCACUAUUCAUCAACCGUCAGCAUCACUAUUUCAGAGGUUCGAUCGGUUGCUACUGCUUGCAAGAGGUGGGCGGACGGUGUACUUUGGCGACAUUGGCAAGAACUCUCACGUUCUCAUCGACUAUCUCAGCCGGCACGGAGCCUCAGCCUACCAAUCUGGGUCCAACCCUGCCGAGUACAUGUUGGAGGUGAUUGGAGCGACACCAAAGGCGCAUACCGAUGUAGACUGGCCUACCGUGUGGAGAGACAGCAAGGAAUACCAGGCCGUUCAGACUGAGCUCGCGAGAUUAUCAUCACAUGCAGAUGAAAAAGGGGCCACGGCGACAACGACGGAUCAUGAUGCGUCUACGUACGCAGAGUUUGCUGCAGGUUUUGGUGUGCAGUUACGUGAGGUGACAAGACGGGUCUUCCAGCAAUACUGGCGUAGUCCUUCAUACAUCUUUUCCAAGUCCAUCUUGACGUUUGGAUCGGCUUUGUUCAUUGGACUUACACUUCUCGGCGGCAACAACACCGAGCGCGGUCUCCGGAAUCAGAUGUUUGGCGUCUACAUCUUCCUCUUCAUCUUCAGCCAAAUGGUACAGCAGAUCAUGCCGGUCUUCGUCUCCCAGCGCACCAUGUAUGAAGCACGCGAACGACCGGCAAAGUCAUACUCAUGGAUGGCGUUUAUCGGUGCUAAUGUCAUUGUUGAGAUGUUUUGGAAUUCUAUCAUGGCCAUCUUCUCGUUCCUGUUUUGGUUCUAUCCAAUGAGGCUCGAUCGCAAUGCUGAAUGGACAGAUGCUGUUCACUCGCGUGGCAUCACGCUAUUCCUAAUCUGCUGGGUCUUCUUUUUAUUUUCAAGCACAUUUGCGCAUCUCAUGAUUGCUGGGCUCGGCAGCGCCGAGGUCGCGGGUGGGAUCAUGAACCUACUCUUUAUCCUCAUGUUUGCUUUUUGUGGUGUACUAGCCGGCCCGGAAGAUCUACCGCGUUUCUGGAUCUUCAUGUAUCGCGUCAAUCCGUUCACCUAUGUCGUCGAGGGUUUCCUCAGCGUCGGUCUCGCCAAUGCGCCGGUGGUGUGCAGCGCGGCCGAGCUGCUCGAGUUUGCUGCGCCCGCCAACGGCACCUGUGGCGAGUACAUGGCAGAGUACAUCCGAGAGAAGGGCGGAUACCUGGUAGAUGCUGGUUCGAGUACUUGCCAGUACUGCGGCAUGGCCGAUACGAAUGCGUUUCUGUCGAGCAUGAACAUGAGCUUCGACAACAGAUGGCGCGAUUUCGGUCUGAUUUGGGCGUUUUGCGUGUUCAAUGUCGCAGCGGCAGCGGCGUUGUACUGGAUGGUGAGGGUUCCGAAAAAUGACUUCAAGAGUCGUAAUGCGGGCAAGGCCUGAAAUUGGAAUCGAAAUGAUAGUAUUGGUUGUACUGGGAGGAAGGGGGCCAUCAAAAGUCUUUGAAUUUGAUCCCAUCUGAGUAUGGGACAACUGAAUAACAAUUUUCGCGAUGUUGGGUCGAGACAUGAAGUAUCAAAGAGGGGAUAGCAUGGUACUCGAGCAAUGCGGAU